UCGAAUAUAGAUGUGUCUUUAGUGAUAAUGAAUAGUUUGUUAUAUUAAAGACAAAGGGAACUUAAACAGAACAAUACUAAGAAAAACAUUUAGUUAAGUAGUUACUUCUAUUUCUAAGUAGUAUUUUUUAUUUUAUAUUCUUUUUUUUUUUUCAUAUGGUAGAGAAGAAAAUUUAGCUCAACAUUUUAUUGAUUAUACAAAGUUUAUGAUACAAUUGGUCAAGAAAUAAAUUAAUAUAAUAUUGUUACUAGUUUUCGCCUCCAUUUUUGCCCAUGUUAAUUUUGUGCGUCCGCUCAUUGUUUAUUACACAGUUUUAUUAUAAUGUAUAGUUAUAUAAUAGUAAGUAUAGUUUGUAGAUUUCCUGAUUGUAUAUUUUACCCUAAUGAUGCAGUUUUCUGCGCAUUACCUAGAUAGCAUUAACAAUUUUCAGAUAAGAACACGCAAUUAUCGAAGAAAAUGUCCGUCAACAAUUUUUCUGAGCCACAAAAAUCUACUAAUUAUAAUGAUGGAACACCUGAUUUGCAGCCGACUGAUGAUCCAGAGUUUAAGCUGAAAGCCAAGAGCCAAAUCGAGGAAGAUGCGUUCGACUUCAAGCUGUAUAGAAAUCUACCACGUCCGACAGGAAUAAUCGGCUCAAUUGCUCAUAUAGUUAAAGGAGCUCUAGGUGGCGGUAUCCUCGGAGCUCAUGUAUCGUUCAUGAAGGCUGGAAUAGGCACCGCCAUACCUCUUACUAUCCUCUUGGGAGUGUACAUGGCUUUUUGUUUACAUCUGCUAGUCCAAUCAGCCCAGGUCCUGUACCGGCGAACCAGGAUACCCACAAUGAGCUACCCAGAGGUUGGGGAAUACGCCAUGCAAUGUUUCCCGAACCCCAAAGUUGCCAGAUUUUCAAAGGCGUUUAGGUUUACAAUCGAUGCCGUGGUAACAUUUGACCUGCUUGGUGCGUGUGCUUGCUACCAACUGAUCAUAGCAAAGACGAUCAAACAACUGGUUGAGAACACCGCCACAUCUGAUGCCGAGCCAUUGUACGCAGGCGGUUGGCACCUCAAAGCCUACUUAGCGGUGAUGAUCGUACCCAUAAUCCUUAUCUGUCUGAUCCAGCAUUUGAAGUGGCUGGCUCCGUUCUCGAUUGCUGCUAACAUCGCAGUGUUGAUCGCAAUAUUUAUGGCUGUAUACUACGCAUUCUCGAACAACCCGAGUUUUACGAAUAUGCACGCUGUGACGUCACCAAAGGGCCAAUUGGAGUUUAUAGGGAUGGUCACCUUUGGCAUGUCAUGCUCCGGUGUGGUCUUCCCCGUCGAGAAUAAUAUGAAGGAGCCUCAUAAAUUUAAAUACGCUCUUGCUAUUGGUAUGUGUUUCACAAUCAGUUGCACUUUUUUGGUAUCUUUCUUCGGAUACGCUGCUUUCUUAGAGAACUGUAUGAACCCAAUAACCCUGAAUUUCAGCAUGACUUUAACAACAAAGGUAUUCAAAGCAUGCGUUGCUGCGAUGAUCUACAUCACUCACGCGCUAAACUUCUGGGUUCCGUUCAACUUGUGUUUCCAUUACCUCAAGAAGCUGCACAAAAGCAACUUUCAAAUGUGGGAGUUGAUUUAUCGGGCUAUAUUUGUCACUGGUAUAGCUAUCGUUGCUAUAAUAUACCCUGAUAUUAAUGGUAUAAUGGGUUUUCUUGGCACUUUCUGCCUAUCAAAUAUGGCUUUCAUCUGGCCGAACGUCAUCACGAUCCUCGUCAUAUGGGAACGGCCAGGGUUCGGCAAAUACAAAUGGCGGCUCUGGAGAAGCCUCAUAUUCAUUGCUAUAGGAAUAUUCUUGUUCAUCUGUGGCUGUAUUGUCAACGUGUCGAAACUUGUGGCUGUGUUCAGCAAAUCAAAUACGUGAUUACGACUUGAAUUUAUUUUCUUUUUAGAG